UUCCAGCGGCGAGGUCCCCAGCUUCCUGUUGGAGACCUGGGCGUCUUAGUCUGGAGAUUUCUUCAGACAUGAAACCUCGAGUCGUCACCUACGUGGAUCGAAAGCUGAAAAGGCGCAUCGUGCAGUACCUGAGCAGUAAUGAAUGUGGAAAAUAUGUGGACAUUGGCACCUUAGCAUCCGAUCUGCAAGAAUUGUAUAGUAUAGAUUAUGGCCGAAGGAAGAGAAAUGCUUUUCGAAUUCAGGUAGAAAAAGUUUUUAGCAUAAUCAGGAAAGAGAAAGAACUUGAAGACUUAACCGAAUUAGAAGAUGAACAUCUGGCAAAAAGAGCAAGAAAAAGUCAAGAGUUUAAUGAAUAUAUAGCAAACAAAACAGAUGAUGAUUCAGAUGUGGAAGAUUUCCCAGAUCAACAGUCUGCAAAUCACAUGAACAACUCUCUGCUGUCAUUAUACCGGAAAGGAAAUUCUGACAUUUUACCAGAAAGUCCUGCAGUUGAACAAGACAAAAAUAGUGUCUCUGUGCCAAAGAAUGUCUUCCCUUUGACAACACCUGCUUUUACCAGGGUUUCUGAAGGUGGUUGGUUUAUUGACAAAACCCCAAGUGGAAAAAAAGAGAAUGCUUUUUUAGACCUUUCAGACGAGCAAAGCAACCAUAAGAAUCCGGUUUCUGAGUUACAGGGUCCAAAAGAGAAUUCUCUUCUGGAGAAUGAAAGUAAAAGAAAAAACAGGCUUAAGAGAACCAAGAGGAAAACUGAGGAUCUUCAGAAAGUAGAUGGAGAAAUAGAAGGUGUUUUGCAAAAAAAAGCCAAAUCUCAAACACUAGAGCUCCAGAUCCCAAUUGUGAAGUUUGAAGAUGUAGGGGGCAAUGAUGUGACACUGAAGGAAAUAUGCAAGAUGCUUAUCCAUAUGCGUCAUCCUGAAAUAUACCACUACCUUGGUGUAGUGCCACCUAGAGGAUUUCUUUUACAUGGACCUCCAGGUUGUGGAAAAACAUUACUUGCACAAGCAAUUGCUGGGGAACUUGAGCUGCCAAUUCUUAAAGUAGCUGCUACUGAGAUUGUGUCUGGAUUGUCAGGGGAGUCUGAACAGCAGCUGAGAGCACUCUUUGAACAGGCUGUGUCAAAUGCACCUUGCAUCCUUUUUAUUGAUGAAAUUGAUGCUAUCACCCCCAAAAGAGAAGUUGCUUCAAAAGACAUGGAACGGAGAAUUGUGGCCCAGCUCCUAGUCUGCAUGGAUGAUCUGAAUAAUCUGGCUGCUACGGCGCAAGUCUUAGUAAUUGGAGCAACCAACAGACCAGACUCACUGGAUCCAGCUUUGAGACGUGCAGGAAGGUUUGACAGAGAAAUUUGCUUAGGUAUUCCAGAUGAAGCAUCCAGAGAAAGAAUUCUUCAGACUUUGUGCAGAAAGAUGAAGCUCCCUGAGGCUUUUGAUUUUCGUCACUUAGCCCACCUUACACCAGGCUAUGUUGGUGCUGAUCUGAUGGCACUGCGUCAAGAAGCAGUCAGCUGUGCAGUUGACAGGGUCCUGUUAAAGCUGAACAUGUCGAAGCAGAAAGAUGUUUGGUCUGGAGGUGUGACCGCUGAGGGAAGCCUGGUAGACCCGAUGGAAACAGAUGAUGAUUCAAAACCACAGGAAGUAAAGAAUGAAUUGCUGAGGCUACUGGAGUUGCUGAAGGACCAAAACUCCAUCCCGGAAGAGCAGCUGCAAAUGCUGUGCAUAGAAAUGAAUGACUUCAUUGUUGCUUUGUCCAGAGUACAGCCUUCUGCUAAGAGAGAAGGCUUUGCUACUGUCCCUAAUGUGACAUGGUCAGAUAUUGGAGCCCUGGAAGAUAUUCGAGAAGAGCUCACCAUGGCAAUAUUGGCCCCAUUGCGUUAUCCAGAUCAAGUUAAAGCUCUUGGAUUAAUGACUCCAGCUGGUAUCCUUCUUGCUGGGCCACCUGGCUGUGGCAAGACACUCCUGGCGAAGGCUGUUGCAAAUGAAUGUGGACUGAAUUUCAUUUCUGUGAAGGGCCCUGAAUUGUUAAAUAUGUAUGUUGGGCAGAGUGAAUCAGCUGUGCGACAGGUUUUCCAGCGUGCCAGAAAUUCAGCUCCAUGUGUCAUCUUUUUUGAUGAAAUAGAUGGAUUGUGCCCUCAGAGAGCAAAAGUGGAGUCAGCUGUCAGUGACCGGGUCGUGAGUCAGCUUCUUACAGAAAUGGAUGGUGUAGAAUCACGGCAACAGGUUUACAUUCUGGCAGCCACCAACAGGCCAGAUUCUAUUGACCGGGCCAUCCUGCGUCCUGGCCGGCUGGAUAAAAUCCUCUUUGUGGGUUUGCCAUCCCCUGCCGAUCGUUUUGCCAUCUUGAAAACUAUCACAAAGAAUGGAACCACACCUCCUCUGGAUGUUUCUGUCAGCUUAGAGGCUAUUGCUCAUGACCCUCGAUGUGAUUGCUUCUCUGGUGCUGAUCUUUAUCUUCUGGUACGAGAAGCUUCCAUCUGUGUCUUGAGACAGGAAAUGUCAAGUCACCAAAGUGGUAAUAAAAAAGGAGAAGUCAAGGUUAGCCAGGAGCACUUUGAAGAAGCUUUUAAGAAAGUGAAGCCUUCUACAUCAAAAGAGGAUCAACUGAUGUAUGAAAAACUUCGGCAAUCCCUUAGCCGUUAGCGUCACCCUCUGUAUUUUGGCCUGUGGAAGAAUGUGUCGGCUGUAUCAUAUGUGUUUGUAUGGCAGAGAAGACCUUGAUGUUUUCGUUUGAUAGUUUGCCUUUUCACAAUGGCCCAGAUACGUCUAUGGUUUUAAAUGUGAGCUGCUUAACACCAAAUGUGGUAAACGUAAAUGACUGCUGAUGCUGAAGAUCCCCUUAUUUCUCUGGAACUUGGUGCAGCAAAAAUCAAGCAUUUUACUUUUUUGGAAAGUAAAAGAACAAAAUGAAAUAGA